ACCUUUAGCCGCUGCUGCUCUAUCACUUCACUUGCACUUUUACUUUCAGGACAUCCGCUUUGCCAAAUUCAUUGCUCGAUCGGUUCUGUUCUGUUCUGCCCCAACGAAUUUCCAAGAAUGGCGCUCCCUUGCCCAGCAAUGGGUAGCGACGGGCUCGUUUUCAGGACCCAAUCGGGAGUGUUCGACAUCACCGACUCCGCCAUCUCCGUCGCUGAUCCCCGCUGCCAACGCAAGAACAAGAAGGAGAAGAAGUACUCUGCUCCUCCUGUUCAGCCGACUACGUCUAAGAACGCGAAACAAAUUUCCGCCAAUUGGGAUCGCCGUCGGGUCAAUAGUGAGGUCAAAGUGCUUCCGCCCUCGAAUUCCGAUGUGAUUGCUGUAGCGGAAUCAGGACGCAAUCUGCCGCCGGAAUCUUCGUUGGAGAAGGAGGAGGAGAAAAUCGACGGUGGCCGCCGCAUUCCAGGGCUCGCGAUGGAAGAAGCAGGAUCGGGAGGCACCGCGUCCCUGCCGCGGAAAGCAACGAGCGGUUUCGUAAUGGACGACAGGAGAAGAAGACUUGUGGAGAUGGCUAAGCGUUACCUGAGAAAGCACCGCCGGUCGGAUGAUGCGUGUUACGGCGGCGGCGACGGCGACGACGAAAGUCCGACAAAGAGGCAGAGGCUUGGCAACUAAAGCUUCUACUACUACUACCCACAACUACGAACAACACCAGGAGAUUUGUGUUGUUAUUGUUUCUCUUUUUUAGUUGAGGGAAGAAGAUGUGCAAACUGCAAACUGACUGAAAUUGACUAUUUCGUUCAUUUGGGUUCAUAAAACUAAAAGUAAAGUCCUUUUUCGUAUGUUGCUCUGUAUUUGGAAUAGGUUUGUUCUUCCUUUUGAUGGUAAACAGAGCUGAAAUGGUAUGCAACAGCCUAUACUUGAAAGCAUUGUGAUGCAAUGAUGUAUAAUAGUGUGGACGAAACUAAACUAUAAUAAAGAGGAACCAAUAAAAUUAUGAGGUAGCGGCAAAAUCAUUUUGACCACCUGCAAAGAAUUUAACCAAUACAAAUAUGAUUAAUUAGGGUUUAAUGGUUUGCGGCUCAAUAGUUAAUCGUUAUACAAUUGCUAGUGAAUUGUGAAUAUUGGGGGCACGAGCUCAGGUGUUUGAUUAGUCUUUUUUUUUAUAAUUUCCAUUUUCAUAAUCAGGUCAUAUAACUUUCAUUCUAACUCGGAAUUUAAAAUAUUUUGCAUAGAAAAUAAAUUAUUUAUGAUCUACACAAUAAUGUUCUUUCAUAUUUUAUCAACGAAAUAUUUGAUGAUAUCAUUACCACCGUCAUGGCGUCAUACCAUGAUCUUACCUGAUAUUGAAAUGAAUGUCUUCAUGUAAUUUUACACUAUGAUAAUACUUCAUUUUCUCACCACUACCAUACACAUCAUACCACUCAAUGUAGUAAAAACGGGUCUUAAAA